AUGCAGUCAAGAGGCAGUGGCAACGUGGGCGAUUGCCCGCUUGUUUCUUCCCAAGAUUCAUCCGCCACUACUUCCAUCCCUUCAAAUCAAUCAACCCCUUCCAUUCGAGUGCCUCAACCCUCAGAUUUUAAAUUUGGCAAGGAAAUUGGCACUGGUUCUUUCUCCUCUGUAUAUGUAGCCAAGGAGAUCUCUUCCCAGCGUGAAUUUGCCAUCAAAGUGGUGAUUAAGAAGCAGGUGGCUGGUAAUAAGCCUGUAAAGCUCGCGGUCUUUAUGGAACGUGAAGUCCUUCGCCGAACUAACUAUCCCCUUAUCAUCCAUCUGAUUUACACCUUUCAGGAUCCUUCCCGUCUAUAUUAUGUCCUGCAAUAUGCUCAACGGGGAAGUCUUUUGGAUUAUCUUCACAAGUUCACGUCUUUCAAUAAAGAGGGUACCCAAUUUUAUGCAGCUGAAUUGGUUCUUGCUCUUCGUUACCUCCAUUCCCAGUCUAUUGUUCAUCGAGAUGUCAAACCUGAGAAUAUCCUCUUAACCGCCGAUAUGCAUAUAAAAUUGGCCGAUUUCGGUUCUGCUAUAAUACUUAAUGAUCCUUCUGUUGAAGCACCCAGUUUUACCGGUACACCAGAAUAUGUCAGUCCCGAAAUGAUUCAAUUAUAUGCUCCCAUCUCUUUCUCUUCUUCAUCCUCCUCAGAUGAAUCAGAUGAGCAUAAUGAUGCUAUUGAUAAUGAUGCAAGGGUUUCAUCCACGAUUGCUUUUAAUCUUUACUACCUAAUGGAUUACUGGGCCCUCGCCAUAGUUGUUUACCAAAUGCUUGCGGGUGAUCUUCCUUUUAGAAGUGACAAGUAUGGUCAUCAUUUUGACGUAUUUGGUAAAAUUCGCUGUUGCAAUUAUGUAUUCCCUGAUGGAUUUGAUCCUGAGGCCAAGGAUUUAGUCCAAAAACUUUUGGUUAAAAACCCUGUAAAGCGCCUAGGUAGUCCUGAAAGUGGCGGUCCGGAUGCUCUAACAGCUCACUUAUUCUUUUGCGGUAUUGACUGGGAGCAUCUUAUCGAGAGUGAACCCCCUACUCUGACUCCCAAUCUUGAGCCCCUUGAGCAUAAUGAUUGGGAUCGACUUCCCACUGGGUUUGAUGCAAGUCAAAAGUACUUUCUCUCACAGGAGCUAGCUCUUGCCUCUAAUCAGAUUAGUGAACUACAACGCGAGGAAUUGUUGCUUCAACAAUCCGCCAAAAAUAUAUUCCAUCCUUUUGUAAAUGGUCGGUUGAUUGUAAAGCAGGGAGUUCUGUACAAAAGACGAGGUCUUUUCGCCCGAAAGAGAGUAUUCCUUCUCACAGAGGGUCCGCAUCUUUUCUACGUGGAUCCGGACGCUAUGGUACGGAAAGGUGAAGUUCCCUGGAGUAAUUUUCUUCGAGUUGAACGCAAAAACGAUAAAAUUUUCUCGAUCCAUGUUCCGAAUAGAAUAUACUACCUUGAGGAUCCCACCGGCCAUUCACAAGAUUGGAUCAAUAAGCUGCGUCAAAUCAAAUCCCUCUACUUUUCCGACCCUAUUGAUCGAUGA